AUGAGGGUCGUGGUGGCCAAGGUGCUGUGCCUGCUGGGCAUCUGUGUCCUGAUGCUGGCUGGCUCGCUGCUGCCUGUCAAGCUGCUGGAGGCUGAUUACGAGAAGGCUCAGCGUUCCGGGAAGGUCCUGGCCCUCUGCAGCUCUUUCGGGGGAGGAGUUUUCCUGGCCACUUGCUUCAACGCCCUGCUGCCUGCCGUCAGGGAGAAGCUGGAUGAAGUUCUCAAGCAGGGCAACGUCACCGCAGACUACCCAGCGGCGGAGACCCUCCUGAUGGUUGGCUUCUUCCUGACAGUCUUUGUGGAGCAGCUCAUCCUCACCUUCCAGAAGGAGAAACCUUCCUUCAUUGACUUGGAGACCUUCAAUGCUGGCUCAGAUGUGGGGAGUGACUCUGAAUAUGAGAGUCCCUUCAUUGCCUCCUCCUCCUCCCGAGGGCCCCCCCUGUACGCUCCCCCCCACGGCCGCCUCCGCCUCCAGGAGCUCUCCAGCUCCGGCCCCUUGCGCCUCCUGGGCUUGGUCUUUGCCCUCUCUACCCAUUCCAUCUUCGAGGGCCUGGCCCUGGGCCUGCAGGAGGAAGGUGGCAAAGUGCUGAGCUUGUUCCUAGGGGUUGCCAUGCACGAGACCUUGGUGGCAGUGGCCUUGGGCAUCAGCCUGGCCAAGAGCUCGGUGCCCCUGAGGGAGGCGGUGAAGGUGGCGGUGACGGUGAGCCUGAUGCUGCCCCUGGGCAUCAGCAUUGGCAUGGGCAUUGAGAGCAGCCAGACUGCAGCCAGCAGCAUCGUUGGCCUGCUCCUGCAGGGCAUGGCUGGAGGCACGUUCUUGUUCAUCACCUUCUUUGAGAUCCUGGUGAAGGAGCUGGAGGAGAAGAGCGAUCGGCUCUUGAAGGUUCUCUUCUUGGUGCUGGGCUACACAGCUCUGGCUGGCUUGGUCUUCUUCAAGUGGUGA